UUUUUGCAAUUAAUUUGGAGCAAUGGCGAUGGUGCAUCUGGAUGACAAUAAAAAUGGCACCGCUGAAGAUCGGAAUUCGUCAGGUGGCGGUUCAAUGUGGUGGGAUAUCGAUGGACCGGUGCCAGAUUCUAACGACAACAGUGGCAUCAACCAUAACUGGUUUCCUCAAGACUUCCUAUUUGGAACUGGAACUUCUGCCUUUCAGGUUGAAGGGGCUGCUGCUAAAGGAGGCAAAGGCAUUAGCAUAUGGGAUGACUUCUCUAUGAGGCUUCCUUGGAAAGUAGCCGAUGGAUCCAAUGGAAAUGUUGCAUGUGACAUGUACAACAGAUAUAAGGAAGAUAUUGCGAUGAUGAAGAAAAUGGGGUUUAAUUCGUACAGAUUUUCAAUUUCAUGGGCAAGAAUAUUGCCAGCCGGAAGAUGUAGUGGUGGAAUCAACAAAGAAGGAAUUGCUUACUAUAACGAUGUUAUCAACACUUUGUUACAACAUGACAUAAAACCAUUUGUGACACUCUAUCAUUGGGAUCUUCCUUUGUGCUUGGAAAAUGAGUAUGGUGGCCUCUUAUCCAAUAAAGUCAAGGACGAUUUCCGCGAAUUCGCAGAUGUAUGCUUCUGGGAAUUCGGGGAUCGCGUGAAGCACUGGACAACCUUAAACGAGCCAUGGACCUGCGCCGUGAACGGAUACGUUCAAGGCUAUGAUCCCCCGGCCCACAAAGUUCCCGUCCCGGGAGACAAACUUUCCACCAAGAUUGCCAGCGCCCCACCCCUCGACCCUGCCACUGGCGACAAGUUCAUCGCCGCCAGCCCAUCCGAGGGGUACACGGUCGCAAAAAAUCUUCUCCUUGCACACGCAGAAGCCGUCGAUGUCUACAGAAGCAAGUUUCAGGAGGCACAAGGAGGGAAGAUAGGCAUAGUGCUGAACUCCCAUUGGUUUACACCCUUAGAUGAGCAUUCAGCCGCAGAUGGUGAAGCCGCUUUGAGGGGAGUUGACUUUAUGUUGGGAUGGUUUUUGGAGCCUAUAAUGUACGGACAUUACCCCAAAAGCAUGGAAGAAUACGUUCCACCGAACAAUCUUCCAUCAUUCACACCUCAAGAAGUGAAAAAGAUCCAAGGCUCCUACGAUUUCGUUGGUCUGAAUUUCUACACGGCGCAGUAUGCUUCCGAUGAUCCUCACCCUCCAAACGGAGAGGGAUACUAUGCAGAUCAAAGGGUUAAAUAUUCCGCAAAGAGGGGAGAUGAGUACAUUGGAACAAAGUCUGGAGCUGGGUGGCUUUACUCUGUUCCAAAGGGGAUUUAUGAGAUGCUCUUGUAUAUGAAUGACAAGUAUCCAGAACUCAAAGAAAUAUAUAUCACUGAAAACGGAUUUCCCACCGAGAGUGAUCACACGAAGACAGCCAAAAUGGUAUGCGAUGAUGACAAUGAUAGGACUAAAUACCACCAAGAUAAUCUUGCUAACAUGCUCAAAGCAAUGAAACACAAAGACAUUUCAAAGAAACUGAAGGGAUAUUUCGCGUGGUCAUGGUGCGACAACCUUGAAUGGGGCAAGGGAUUCACACUUAGGUUUGGAUUGGUUUAUAUAGACUACAUGAAUGACCUCACAAGGUAUCCCAAGAACUCAGCUGCAUGGUUCGCUAAGUUUCUCAAGAGCAAAUGCCAGCCACCCGCGUGGUUCAGCCCCUGGUGGGUCACACAGCAUGAAGAGAACGAGGAGAAUAUUGAUACACACAAAGGACUCAAAUUUGUGGGGAAUAUCAAUCGAGCCUAAUGUUUGGAUAUUGAUCGUGCAAUGUGUGCGGGUAUUUCACGGGAAUUAGCAUCAAUAAGACUACGAUCGAGUUAAGUGUUAUGUUACGUUGUUAAUUUGUGCAUCUUUGAAUAAGGCAAUGGUGUGUUAGAGGUUAGGUCUUUAGCCUCCUCUAUCAACUCUUUGUAUGUUUUUAUGAUAUUAUUGUCAUUAAUAAAUGGAUAAGUGUAAUUUGCCUACUUUCUUUUA